AAUUCAAUAUGACAAUUUGUCACACGACCUUAGUGUGAUUUUGCAUAAAAAGUGUGAUGGAUGAGUUGUAUUUUUUUUUUAAUGUUUGGAUGAGCCAGAAAUAAAUCUGGCACCUAAUAAUAUGGAAUGAUACCCCCACCUAAAGUUCUAUAAAAGCCCCCACACACUCUUUAUUUCAUAUACCACCAUCAUAAUAACUCAUCACUGCCCCCUCUCUCAAUCUCUUUAUAGUGCCUUUUGGUUCUUUCAUUUAUAUAAGCAAAAUUUGGCUAAGUGUAGGGGAGAUCUAAGAGAGGGGGUAACAAUGGCCAAGUCUAAGUUCCUUCCUGUUUUCAUCUUGGCCCUCAUUGUCAUUUCCAUGCUUCAAACUGUGGUCAUGGCAUCUCAUGGGCAUGGAGGACACCAUUACAAUGACCAGAGGAAAUAUGGACCUGGCAGUCUCAAGAGCUACCAAUGCCCAUCAAAAUGUUCAACAAGGUGCAGUAGGACCCAAUACCACAAGCCGUGCAUGUUUUUCUGUCAGAAGUGCUGUAACAAGUGCCUCUGUGUUCCCCCGGGGUAUUAUGGGAACAAAGCUGUCUGCCCCUGCUACAACAACUGGAAGACCAAGGAAGGAGGACCAAAAUGCCCUUAAUUAAUUAGUUAAUUAAACAGAGAGAAAUUGAAAAUUGAAAACCUUGUAAACAAUAAUUCUGGGGAAAUUAAAAAAAUCGUUAAAAAUAAGAAAUCAGUAUUUAAUA